ACGUGGUUUUGGUUACUUUUGGCGUUUAUUGUCGCAUUAGUUUUGUGUUUAGUUUGCUGACAUGGAAUCGAAAAGUUUUGGACUGUCGCUUUUGCAGUGCUAUUCGGACGAUGAUGAGAAGUCUACUUCAGGAAAUGAUGAUGAAAUUAAGUCUAACGAGAACAAUUUCUUACAACAGAACCCCACCAUUACAGAUGCACAAGGUUCCAGUAUCAUAAAAUAUGAUGAUGAAGGUGUAAAAUCUAUGGUGGUAGAUUUUUCAUCUGUCUCAGACAGUCAAAGUCCAGCUCUGCCUGAUACAACGCAAAGGUCAGCUCUGCAGUUUCCCCUUGUUUACAGAGACAGUUGUAGAAAUAAUGAUUCAGAAAGUGAUUCUAGUAGUGAUGAAAGCUGCAUUACUGCUCCAAUCGAAGUAGAUUUGGAUGCAAGUAUAGAAGAGGAUGAAAACAUUGCUGUAGCAAAUAACAAAGGAUAUGGUGCUAAUAACUGCAAAUCCAUAAUUCUUGAAGACUUAGGCAUCAUUGACUUGGCACCCCUUGAGGACUUGAAGAUUUCUGUGCCAGAAGAAGAAUGCAUACCAAUUGGCGUAGUGCAUAACAUAAUUGAUCCACUGGUAAUUGUUUCGGCAAAAAAAGGGUGUCCAGAUAUAGAUUUAGAUUCAGCUUUAUUCCUUGAUCAUGGAAAAACAUUCCUUGGACAAGUAUUUGAUGUGUUUGGGCAGGUCAGCGAACCAAUGUACAUGUUACGUUUUAAUUCUUUGCAACAUAUAGUGGAACAAGGUAUUGAAGUAGGGAUGGAAGUAUACUUUGCCCCGCGGACCCGUCACACGGCUUUUGUUUUCGUUGACGCUCUCUUCAAGCAAAAGGGGAGCGAUGCUUCAUGGGAAAAUGAUCAGGAACCGCCAGAGGGGUGCGUGGAUUAUUCCGACGAUGAACAAGAACGUCGCGCAAAAGCGGCGCAUCGUCUUAAAAAGAACCCUUCCCUGCACAAUACGGCUCCCGGUGGUUGCCAGGUUUUCGAUAGUCAUGACGAAAAACUUUAUAUGGCAUACUCAAAAUUGAACCCUGAUUCAGAUUACGGAUUUUGGGUUUGGCUAUAG